AUGAUCAAGUUAAUCCCAUCUAUUAGUUCAUCAUUGCUAACAAAAAGAUUUACCACCAAUAUUAGAUUUAAUAUUAAAACAUUUCACCCGUAUAUUAAAAGACUUUAUACUGUAUCACCAAAUGACCAUAGUAACAAAGAUGCCUUACAUUUUUUUAGCUCAGCCAAAAACUCAAAUACUCCCUCCUCCUAUGAGCAACCCUCAACUCGUUCUACAUCACCACAAGCUAUCGACUUGAACAUUAUUCAAAAAAGCGUGAUUAGACAGAAAUCUAAAAAUCAACGUAAAGUUAUAUUUUCAAGUUUUUUAAUCAUAAUUUUCUCUUCAUUAAUAGGAUACACUAUAUGUUAUAAAAUAUUAUUUUGCAAAGAAGAUUCAUCUUGGCCAAUUUACAUACACUUUAAGGAUUUUCAAAGGAAUGUCAGCAAUGAAGAAUUGCAAAAUCUAGAUUUAAUUAGUAUUAAAAGAUUAGCGGAAAAGGAUUCAUUAUUAAAAAUAAGUUUGCAUAAUAUGAUUAAGGAGGAUUACAAAAUUCCAUUGGAGGUUGAUGAAGCCGGUACUGAACUAUUCACCAAACUUUGGGUUAAAGAAAAGGGUCCCUCCAUUACAUUUGUGAAGUUUGCCCCAAAGAACAAAAAUAAGGAAGAUGCCUAUGUUAAGGGAGACUCUACCGAAUGGCAUUCAUUCCUUGGUUUAUUUAAAUAUAAAAUCCAAACAGAACACAUAUCCUCACUUCCAACAUUGGCUAAUACUUUGGAUUUGUUCCAAUUAAUACCCGGUAAGGAAACAGAUGACGAUUCAAUGUACAAAUAUCAGGCGGUCCCUCCAACUGGUAGUUCUAAUGAGGAAGAUGAAGAUCUUGAAGAGAACAAAAUUAAACAUCCUCGUGUAUGGUUUAUCGGUGAAUUUAAAUUAAGGGAAGACGGUUCUUUAAUCAUCUAUAGAGGUAAUUACCAUACAGACGUUAAUAUCUUGGAGAUUGAUUUACUAAGAAAUGAAACUUCUGAUAUUGUUAAGGAGAAUACUAAUAACAAUCAAAAUCAACUAGUUAGAUAUGUUUUAUACAAGGAUACAAAGGAUUGA